AUGGCCAACCUCAAAGAUCCCGAGGCGCCCCAAAGCAAACCAAAAGGUCUAACAUUCAAAUCUCGCGUUGAGAUGACCCCGUCCAACCCUGCUACCUUCACCUAUAGCAUCGUCGUCUUCCACCCCAUUGGAGGCAUGCUAUUUAGUCUUGAUCAGUCGCUUAUCGGUGAUGCAAACCUGCCCGGUAACCUGCCCGUUGACCUGGGCCUGUCUUCAUCAGAUAACAGUCUAGUCAACGCCGGUAUGCCGCUUGGUAUAUGGUGA